CGUGCUUUCUCGUCAAGGGUGAAGCCAGGAUAAAAGGGGGCUGACGCAAGGGGAGAAAAAAAUGGCGGCUCACUCUCUCUGCAAGUUUUCUUCUGCGAAUCCGAUGAUCUUUCAAAUGAAUUCCAUCUCUAUACAAAAUCAAUCAUCUUCUAUGUGCUGCUUCCCUUCAAGAAACCCACCGAAAGCCUUGACGAAUCCAUGGUUGGGCGUCGAUUCUUCCCUCUCUCUCAGCUCCUCAAUCACCGCAUUGACAGUCCAUUCGCGCUCGCGCCGCCGUAUUUCCUCGGCUGUUGUGUCCAGCUUGCCUACCGUGAAGCCGGAUAGCGUGGGUUCUGAUGCAAAAGUGCCAAAAUGGUCGUGGAGAGCGAUUAAGGCAUUUGCCAUGGCAGAGCUCGAGGCCAGGAAGCUCAGGUACCCAACUACUGGGACUGAAGCUCUUCUUAUGGGGAUUUUGGUUGAAGGGACUAGUUUUACUUCAAAGUAUUUGCGGGCCAACGGUAUUAUGCUUCUUAAUGUGCGUGAAGAAACAGUCAAGUUACUAGGGAAGUCUGACAGGUAUUGCUUCAGCCCUGAGCAUCCUCCAUUAACUGAAGAUGCUCAAAGAACACUUGACUGGGCUGUCAAUCAAAAGAUAAAAUCAGGCGGUAACGGGGAGAUUACAACUACGCACAUACUGCUUGGGAUCUGGUCUGAAGCUGAAUCGCCAGGUCACAAGAUAUUGGCAAAUCUUGGGUUCAAUGAUGAAAAAUCUAAAGAGCUAGAAUCCUUUAUUUCUGAACCUGGAUAUCUAGAUGAAUAGGAGGACUGCCUUCCUUGACACUUAUCUUCACCAUUGAUGCUAUUUUUAUUUUCAAAUGAAAAUCCUCAAUUCAUAAAUGCGGGUGUGAUUUUCUUAUGCUUACAUCAUGAUUGAUUCUUAAAUUUGUUAAAUGCAAGAUAUCAAGCUAUUUCCUUUC